AUGUGUGGAGGUGUGUGGAGGUGCGUGAAGGUAUGUGGAAGUGUGGAGGUGUGUGGAGGAGAUGUGGAGGUAGAUGCAGGUAUGUGGAGUUGUGUGAAGGUGCGUGAAGGCAUGUGGAGGUGGCAUGGAGGCAUGGAGCUGUGUCAGGUGUACGAGCGCUACCAGGCGAGGCUGAGGCUGUCUGCCUUCCUUGGGGUGCUGGUGCUGUCCUGGCUGGCGGCGGUGGUACUGCUGGUGUUCCUCGCCCACAAUAGACAGCGGCUCUUCACCCCCGCCACCCCCGCUCACCUGGCCCCCACGACCUUCCUGCUGCUGGUCGUCACGCACACUGCCCUGCCCCUCAGACGCCCCCACGCCCGCGUCCUCGCCGCAAUCACCUCCCUCCUCCCCCUCACUUCCAAGGCUGUGGACCCCGCCCUCACCUGGAGCCUCACGCAGGUGGUGGCGUGCUGUCUGCUGGUGGGGGCCGGGCACGUGCUGGGCUGGUGGCUGGACUGGGAGGCGUCACAGGCCCACGAGAUCUCCUACGCCACAGCCAAGGAGGCGAUAGAGGCGAGGGUCAAACUGAGAUUGGACAGCUCACAGCAAGAACACCUCCUCCUGUCUGUUAUUCCCGUGUACCUGGCCUUUGAGGUGCGCAAACACUUGAUGUCACGGGCGGCGGGGGCGUGCACGCAGGCGUCCUCCCAGCAGGAGAACGCGCCGCCCAAGAGACAGUUCCAUGAUUUAUACGUUCAGCGGCACAACAACGUGAGCAUCCUGUACGCGGACAUAGUCAACUUCACGCCCCUGUCUGAACAGCUGAGCGCGUGUGACCUCGUAAGGACCCUGAAUGAUCUGUUUGGCCGCUUUGACCAGAUCGCCAAGGAGAACCAGUGUUUGCGCAUCAAGAUCCUCGGGGACUGCUACUACUGUGUCUCUGGCCUGCCCGUGUCCCGCCCCAACCACGCCAUCAACUGCGUCAAGAUGGGCCUGGAGAUGAUCAGAACCAUCAGGAAGGUGAGGGAGGCUGUGGGGUUCAACGUGGACAUGCGCAUAGGGAUCCACACUGGCAACGUGCUGUGUGGAGUGCUGGGGCUGCGGAAGUACCAGUAUGACGUGUGGAGUGAUGACGUGACUCUCGCCAACCACAUGGAAGCAGGUGGAUGUGCCCGGGUGAGUGUGUGGAUGUGUGGACGCGUCCACAUCACGCAGGCGACGCUGAAUCGACUGGACAACCGCUUUGAGGUGGAGCCAGGCAACGGGCACCUGCGUGACGCUUACCUGGCCGACCAUAAAGUAGAGACCUUCCUCAUUGUGCCCAAGGAUAACGAUACAGGCUUCGGCAACGGCGGCAGGAACCUGAGUGUUAAGAGGGGCAGCAGUAACGCCGCAGAGGCCCCGAGCAGCGCCCUCAACAACGGGAACAACAAUGGCACUGCGAACCCGGAGGAGGGACAGAGGCCAGGACAGAGGAAGAUCACGAAAUACCAGGAGUGUUGGGGAGCGGACACGCCCUUCGCCUCCCUCGCUGAACGGGGCAUGCAGAAGAACAUAUAUAUCACUAGUGUGGCCACAAUUCAGUCGAGUUUGCUUCCUCCUGGUCCUGUACUGAAAGACUGCAGGUGGUGGUGGGAGGAUGGGUGGUGGGGGCUGCAGAAGGAGAAGGAGUACCGGCGACGCCCACACUCCACCCACCACCACGCCCUUGCUGCCGCCGCUGCCAUCACAAUGCUGGAAGCCGCCAUUGUUGCCUCAGCGCUGCCUGCGGGGUCGUGGGUGGCGUGGGCCUGGGUGGGCACAGGCGUGGCGGUGGCGGCGGGCGUGGGCCAGUGGGCGUGGUGGGGCGGGCGGCGCGUGGUGACCGAGUCCUGGGCGGCGCGGGUGGUGUCGGCGGCGGUGAUGGUGGUGGUCAGUCUGGUGGUGGCCCUCACAUGGAUGCUGAUGCCAGGUGAAUGGACUAGCCCGCUGCAGCCAUACGAGGAGCCAGCCAAUGAGAACACGACCCUGCCCAUCCUCGCCCUGCCCCUCGCCCAAUCACUGGAGGAGAACGCUGAGGUAUGGGCGUGGGCGGGGCUGGUGUCGGUGGGCGUGGUGGCAGCGUUCCCCCUGGUGGGUUCUUGGACCAAGGUGGGCGUGAUGGUGGGCGUGGCGGCAACUCACGCAGUCCUCGUUCUGAACCGCCCACACACCCACUUUCUCGUUGCCUUCUUCAGACACGAUUACAACAGACUGCCGGGCGUGGACUGGUGGGUGGUGGCGGGCGUGCAGGUGGCGGGGCUGGUGGGCAUUCUGAGCGUGCUGGGCGGGCAGAGUGACUUCCGUGCCCGUAAGCAUCACAUGUGGAAGGCGAUGGUGGCGACGGAGCAGCAGGAGGUGGAGACGAACCGGGGCAUCAAUAAACUGCUGCUGGAGAAUAUACUGCCCGCCCACCUGGCUGACCGCUUCCUCAUGUCCUCGCAGGCAAGACAGGAGCUGUACCACGAGCGAUACAGCAACGUGGGUGUCAUGUUCGCCUCCAUCCCCAACUACAAAGAGUUCUACGACGAGACAGACGUGAACAAGCAAGGCCUGGAGUGCAUCAGACUGCUUAAUGAGAUUAUAUGCGACUAUGACAAGCUGCUGGAGAAGAACAAGUUUAGUCAGGUGGAGAAGAUCAAGACGAUUGGCAGCACUUACAUGGUGGCUUCUGGUCUGCACCCCGGCAAAGAAGCGCAGGACCGCACCCAGCACUGCAUCGUUCUGCUGGUGGAGUUUGCCCUUGCUCUCGCCGCCGUGUUGGACGCCAUCAACAGGGAAAGCUUCCAGAACUUCAAGCUGAGAGUGGGCCUGGCGCACGGCCCUGUCAUCGCGGGAGUGGUGGGAGCAGAGAAGCCGCAGUAUGACAUUUGGGGCAACACAGUCAACGUGGCCUCUAGAAUGGACUCCACGGGUCUCAUGGGGCGCAUACAGGUAACCCAGGAGACAGCAGCCAUCCUUCAGAGGGCGGGGUGGGUGUGUGAGUGCCGCGGACCCACGCCCAUUAAAGGCAAGGGCACGCUCAUCACAUACUUCGUGUACACGCCUUACGACCCGCCCUCCUCCUUCUCCGCCUACACCAGGCCAGAGGACGGUGCGUUACUUCGCUUACCAUUCGCCCAAAGCGUCCAGACGGAGCCACAGACGCAGGGACCCGUGGCGCCGUCUGCUAACUCCCCACAGCGCCCUCCCCAGGUUAACGUAGCGGCCUCUUGUGGUGAAGCGAGCAAGCCUGGGGUGCCCCGCGAGGUAGUGGUGCCUAAGAAGGUUGUGGUGAGCGCGAGAGACUCCUCAGUGGUCAGCAAAGUGGUGACAGAGGGUGUGGUUAUGCCUACUGUUGGCCCUCUCUCUUCAUCCACCACCACCUCCACCUCCAGGGGUCAGGAUGGAGGGAGUGCGAGGGAGAGGGAGAGGAGGGACGGGAAAGGUGCACAGGUGGAUGCAGGGGAAGAGGGAAGGAACAAAAGUGAAUCACUGCCACUUCUUCCUCUUCAUUCUCAGCCUCCUGUACAUCCUUCUCGUCUUCCCUCCCCUCCUUCCCUCCCCACGUCCUCCUCCUCCCCACAAGUCUCCCUCUUCUCCAGCUCAUCUCCUCCUCCUCCUCCCCCGCCUGGAUGGAGGGAAGGGGAGGCGGAGGAAAGCAAGAGGUGGAGAAAGAGUGACACUGAGGAACAGGAAACACAAACUCAAAAAACGAAUGAAAGACAGGAGGAAGGAGGAGAAAGAGGAAGAAGAGAAGAUAAAGGAGAACAAAAAUUCAUUUCCUCGUGUGUUUUACCUCCCCAGUCAUGUAGUGUUGGUGUGAGUGACUCGCUAAGGACAUGCAAUGCGGUAGAAAGUAAUCCAAAGCAAGACGGGGCACAUUUAGAUAAGUCGUCCAUCACAGCCAGCUUAAGAGAAAACGGUCUCGCCUCGAAUCUUCAAGAUAAACUCAACCAAACUCACCCUCCUCCCUUACCCUCAAACAAAGACCUGAACAAAGACCCGUACGAGGAAAGGAAGGUAUUAGAGGAGGAGAGAAGCAGCACAUGUCUUCCUAACACAUCCUCCUCCACCAUAACAAAGAGAGACAGUGACCCAAAGGAGACGGUAGUGAGAUAUGUGAGAGAAACAGACAGUACCUCUACGAGGACUGUACAGCCUCGUCUUCAGAACAGUGACGGGGUGAGGGGGGCGGAUAGAGUGAGUGAGGGGGUGAGGGGAAGUGUGAAAACAUCUCCAAGCAUGAGGAAGGAGUACAAGUCUGUUCAUUUCACCUCCAGCGGGCUAAUAAGGAAGAAAAAUCAGGUGUUUGUGUGAGGAUGAAAAAUUAAAAUGAUAACGUAAUGAUAUGUUUCUGUGAGUGAGUGAGUGAGAGAGCAAAAGGAGAAUGAAUAGCACUAGAUAUUGUUUAUGUGAAUGAAAGAGUGAGUGAGUGUGCAAAAUUAUCAAUACUUCACGUUAUGUCUCCGUAUAGUGUUCUUGUACGCUAUAUACUGUUUGUCAAAGAGUAUUAGGUUAAAAAGUUAUAAUAUUAUGAGAUAUUAGUAAAAUCACAUGUUGGCUGGGUGGAUGAAAAAAAAUAUAAAUGAAUAGUAAUGUUCUGUUUGUGUAUAACAUUCGUGUGUGACUGACAGAAGGAAGUAUUAGAAGAUAAAGUGAUAUUAGGAGGAAGAUUAGGUCAUAGGUUGAUUUAAUAAUAAGUGACACACACCAUAAGGAAACAAAGGAAAGGUGGGGAAAUACGAGUACAUCGGUAUAAGUACGUUGUGUAUAUAGUUGGUGCAUUAGUGGUAGAAACAUAAGGGCAGGAGUGAGGCGCAGACAAUCACAACAGAGUAGAAACAAAAGAAAAACUACGUAGGUUUUCAUACGAGGGACCAAAAUGUGUAAAGUGAACGAUGGAAAGAUUUUGAAACACAAUAAUAAUGAUAAUAAUAAUAAUAUAAUAAUAAUAAUACUUGGUUAGAAAGUGAGAAGUAAAAAAAUAAUCUUGCAGUCAGUUUUAGUAAGGUAAUAAAGAAGAAAAUUAUUAGAAUAAGGUCGCAUUAUAAGUGAGAAUAUUGAAGAAAUUGUAUACGUAUUUUGAUACGUAUAAAGAGAGAGAGAGAGAGAGAGAGAGAGAGAGAGAGAGAGAGAGAGAGAGAGAGAGAAAUACAUUGAAACAAGUUGUAUUUUUGGUGCAAACUUCGAAUGAAAAUCUUGAGAUAGUUCUAGUUAUUAUUAUUAUCAUUAUUAUUAUUAUUAUUAUUAUUAUUAUUAUUGUUAUUGUUAUGGCAUGAUCUAUAUGAUUUAUUUGCUUUCCAUUACUUUUUUUUUCUAUUCCCUGUGAUUGUGAAGUUAAUCCUCUACAGCAAUACUUUUUAAUACAUUGUUAUGGCCGUGACGUCUGUCUGUCUGUCUGUCUGUCUUUACUAUGUUUAAAUACUUACAUAUCAAUCAUUCUCUCUCUCUCUCUCUCUCUCUCUCUCUCUCUCUCUCUCUCUCUCUCUCUCUCUCUCUCUCUCUGUAAUCUUUUUUAUCCAAUUACAUUUAUCAUUUAGUCUUUUUUUCAUUUCUUUGCUUUUUCAUUUUGUUUAUAUGAUUGUCGUCAGUCAGUCUGUCAGUUUCCGCAUCUACCAGUCGUGAAAUGUGUCGUAAUAUAUCUUUGUGCCUAUUUCUCUAUAUUUAUUUAUCUACCUGUACAUCUUUCUGUAUAUCUAUUUUUUUUUUUCAUUUUCUUUAAAAUAAUUCAAAUAAUUCAGUUUAUUUAUUUCUCCAUCUAUCUAUCAAUUUGUGUAUCUAUUUACAAUUAUCUAUCUGCAUUUAUCUAUCUAUCUAUCUAGCUAGCUUUAUUCAACAUUCAGGCAUUUGUUAGUUUAUAUAAAGUUCCUCAGAAUAUCCUUUUAUUGACAGAAAUACGUGUGUGUGUGUGUGUGUGUGUGUGUCGGGGACUCGCGUGACGUCACACUUCCGCCUCGGGCAAGCAAACCGCUGCUUGUGACUCGUUCUCUCUAGUUUGAAACACCGAAGCUGUAUAAUAGACACUUGUACAUAGACAUAUUAUUUUCCGUAUCCAGCGUAACGAAAGAGUAAAGGAUACCCUAAGAUAAAUAUAUAUAUAAUUUACUGUACUAAUUUUGUAAGUAAGGAAAAUUAGGUAUACGUGUGUUGAGGUGAUAGGAAAUAAAAAAAAGUAUUGAUGUAGAUAAGAUAGCGAAAGUGACUAUAUAUAUACAUACUAUACAGUGUUAACUAUAGGUUUUGUGAAUAGGUUUGCUUCCUUCCUUCCUUCCUUCUUGCCUUCGUUCCUUUCCUCCUGCUUGGGAAGUGAUUCGUAACUGUUUUCGAAGCAUGAGGGUGAGACAUGUUUCAAAGCUCUCAAACUAUCUCUCCCUUCUUUUCCUUACUUCCUUUCCCUUCACUUCCUUUAUUCAUUCGUUCCUUCCUUCUUGUUGGCUAAUAAAUCAUUUGUAAUUGUCUUCGAAUUACAAGAAUAAGACGAAUUUUGAUGUUUCGAAGCUUCAAACUGAUUUUCCAAUUUUUUCCUUCGGUUUUCCUCCCUUCCCUUAUUCUUUCCUUCCUUUCUUUCUUUCUCUUAGUAAAGGAUUCGUAACUGUCUUGGAAUCUUGAGGAUAAGACGAGGUUCAAAUAUUUCAAAGCUUCGAACUUCUUUCCGUUCUCUCCUUCUUAUCCUUUCCUUUCCUUGCCCCAAAGAUCACCACACAUACAUUUGCAUUCCUACAGUGUAAAAAUACGAAGAGAUGUAUAACUUAGUGCAGUGUUGGUGGCCAUUCAGUGUGUGUGCGUGUGUGUGUGUGUGUGUGUUCAUUGUUGUUAUCGCCUAGCAAAUAAAAUCAAUAAUAUAACAUUUUAAACUAGAUAUGAUAAAACUGCAUAAUAUUAUGAUCCGUUGGUGCUUAAAGAGAGAGAGAGAGAGAGAGAGAGAGAGAGAGAGAGAGAGAGAGAGAGAGAGAGAGAGAGAGAGAGAGAGAGAGAGAGAGAGAGAGAGAGAGAGAGAGAGUUUGUGCGUUUUCCAGUUAUUUUUAUUUGAUCUCCAACAUUUUAACACAUAUAAAAAUAUUAUAAUUAGACAUACAUUUUCUUUUCUCCUGUUAGAAAAAAAAAGUUAAAUAAGCAGUAGGCUCGUAGUAGACGUAAGGCUGUAAAAUAAUAUAAGAAAAUUGUCAAGUGAGAUUUUCUUUUGUAAGUGAGAGGCAGAUGAGAAAUAAAUAUAUAUAUAUGAAAAAAAA